GCACCCGUCGUUGAGCAAAGUGAACGGCAAUGACAACGCACGGCGCUCCAACGAACGAAGAGAACAGCUCGCGAGUUUACGUUCAUUCAUGGCUGUCGGCAACGCACACGUCGUCCAACAAAGCGAGAUUAUUUAUAAAGCGAACGAAUUCGAUCCUGCCGCUUCUCGUAAACGAAGUUAUUUUCGAAAGUGACUUCGGGGAUCCUGUCAAAUUUAUUUUCGUAAUCACGUGAAAAGAAAUGUCGGCCAAUGCCUCCUGCGAGCGGUCUCGAGCAUCGACAGAGAAAGAGAUCGUUACACCGACAAUAUUGCCAAAGAAAGCGAGCGAAGCGAAAGUGGUUACUGAUACUGUAUACGUCUCAAAAAUUCAACAUUGUUCACAGAAGGAUGUCACAUCUUCAGGAAAUAAACCCAGUCGGAAAGAGGUGCUCGAUGCGAAAAGAGCUCGAUUGAGACAGCUUUUCAAAUCUGACGCGAUAGAUUUGGACAAUUCUUUUCGUGAACUAGGAUACGCUUUCAUUCCCACGCAACCUUGACAUUUUUGUCGUGUUUCUUUCGGUUCUGCUUGCAACCUUGAAGUUUAAUUAGUAUUAAACGUCUACACUUUUACCGCUUUCGAUUUAAAUCGAGUUUGGCGCCGUCUUUCCAAAUGUGUUGUCAUAAAAAUAGUCAUUCGAACGUCUAUAAAGAAUUUUUCUACAUUGAU